ACCAAAGUUUCACAACAAAAACGUUAGAAAAACAAAUUCCAACAGGCCCCAAUCUAUACACUACCUCGGUUCGUGCCACCACCUCUGUGAGAUCCUCGCCUGGCAAACCAUCGACUGAUGGGAUCUCCGAAAGCUACGGUGGAUUUCCGUUCCAGAUCAGCUGCUGCUCUCAACUGAUAAAUCCCUUGAUUGACUCCACCGCAAUUCCCCAAUUCAAUUUACCUGCUUCGAUUUGUAGCUGGUUCGUUGACCUAAUCGUCUCACUUGACGCCGAAGUGAUCCCCUGAAUCAUCUUCCGGUCACCGGUGUCGCCUUCGUUGAGUUUCUGAUCUGAUCCAUCUCAACGUUGCAUCGAGCCCCGGGGUAUGAUUUGGCACCAUAUAGUAGCUGGUUGUACGAUUUUGAUGUCUCUUGGAGUGUAUUAAGAAGCUGGGGCAAUUAUGGGGUGCCCAAAUCAGCAGUCUGUAGGCAAUGCAUUUAUGGGAGAGCCCAAGAACUGUUCUGUAAGGCCAUCCAGAGGUGGUUUAGCAUGUAUGGUCAAUUCCGAAAUAGGGGCAGUGUUGGCAGUGAUGAGGAGAAAUGUAAGAUGGGGAGUUCGCUAUAUAGAAGAAGAUGAUCACAUAGAGCACUCUCUUGUCCAGUCCUUUAAGAAACUGCGGAAGCAAAUUUUCUCAUGGCAGAACCGGUGGGACACUAUAAGUUCAAUCCUGUACCUCCAGCCUUUCUUGGAUGUCAUCCAAUCUGAUGAAACUGGUGCACCGAUCACUGGUGUGGCUUUGUCUUCUGUAUACAAAAUCUUGACUCUUGACAUACUUGAUACAGAUUAUGUGAAUGUCGAUGAUGCUUUGCAUCUGAUAGUUGAUGCUGUGACACGCUGCCGGUUUGAGGUGACUGAUCCUGCCUCUGAAGAAGUGGUACUCAUGAAAAUACUUCAGGUUCUCUUGGCUUGUAUGAAAAAUAAGUCAUCGGUUAAGUUGAGUAACCAGCACGUAUGCAACAUCAUAAAUACUUGCUUUCGUGUAGUACAUCAAGCAAGCUCUAAAAGUGAAUUGUUGCAGAGGAUAGCACGUCACACAAUGCAUGAACUGAUUCGGCACAUUUUUUCCCGCCUGCCUGAUAUUGACGGUGGAGAACAUGCACCAACUCAGGGAGGCAGCUUGUACAUUAAGGAGGAGGUGGGUGCAUCAGAUGUGGAUCACACUCAUGAAAAUAAACAACUAAAUAAUGGCAGUGGCAGUUCGGUAAAUAAAGGUUCACCUGUGGUUGGGGUUGCUUCAAAUGUUUCAUUGGAUGCAACUGAGGUUGGCGAGGUGAAGGAGGCUUCUCAAAGUGGAGGGCAUGUAUUAAUGGAGCCGUAUGGGAUCUCGUGUAUGGUGGAGAUAUUUCACUUCCUAUGUUCUCUUUUGAAUGUCAUGGAGCGCGUUGAAAUUGGUCCAAGGUCCAAUCCUAUAGCUUAUGAUGAAGAUGUUCCUCUAUUUGCGUUAGGUUUAAUCAAUUCCGCCAUUGAGUUGGGUGGAUCAUGCAUUGGGCAACACCCCAAGUUACUGGACUUGAUAAAGGACGAACUUUUUAAUAAUCUGAUGCAGUUUGCGUUGUCAAUGAGUCCGCUGAUCCUUUCAACUGUAUGUAGCAUUGGUUUUAACUUGUAUUACCAUCUGCGUUCCAAGCUGAAACUACAACUUGAAGCUUUCUUCUCUUCUGUUCUUGUAAGAAUUGCAAAAAGCAAGCAUGGAGCAUCAUCCCAACUACAGGAGGUUGCUAUGGAGACUCUUGUUGACCUUUGUAGGCAGCAAGAAUUCGUGGCUGAGAUGUAUGCCAACUUUGAUUGUGAUAUAUCAUGCACCAAUGUGUUUGAAGACAUUGCCAACCUUUUGUCAAAAAGUGCAUUUCCAGUGAAUGGCCCUCUAUCUGCCAUUCAUGUACUUGCUUUGGAUGGUUUGAUCGCAAUGAUUCAAGGUAUGGCUGAACGGGUGGAAAACGAUUUUCCUGCUCCAGAAAUAGCUCCACUGGAUCAUGAGGAAUAUAAGCCAUUUUGGACGGUAAAAUGCGAAAACCGUGAUGACCCUAAUCAGUGGGUUGCAUUUCAACGUGAAAGGAAGCAGAUAAAGAGAAAGUUGAUGGUUGGAGUGGAUCACUUUAACAGGGAUCCGAAGAAGGGUUUUGAGUUCCUACAGAGGAUGCAUUUGUUGCCUGAUAAGCUUGACAAGAAAAGUGUAGCCUACUUCUUUAGGUACACAACGGGAUUGGAUAAGAAUCUUGUUGGAGAUUUCUUGGGAAACCAUGAUGAAUUUUGUAUCGAAGUGCUUCAUGAAUUUGUUGGAUUGUUCAAUUUUCAAGAAAUGAAUUUGGACACUGCGUUGCGCGUUUUCUUGGAAACUUUUCGAUUACCUGGGGAAUCACAGAAGAUACAUAGGGUGCUAGAGGCAUUUGCAGAGCGGUAUUACGAGCAAUCGCCGCACAUUCUAGCGGAUAAAGAUGCUGCGUUCGUGUUGUCGUAUUCUCUCAUACUGCUAAACACAGAUCAACACAAUGCACAGAUCAAAAAGAAGAUGACUGAGGAAGAUUUUAUCCGCAACAAUCGGCGCAUAAAUGGGGGCAAUGAUCUGCCGCGAGAGUACCUUUCUGAACUUUACCACUCCGUAUGUCAGACUGAGAUACGCCUGACCCCUGAUCAGGGUUCUGGCUUUCCAAUCAUGACAAGAAGCCAUUGGAUUGGUCUAAUGCACGAUUCCAAACCAGCUGCUCCAUUUGUCAGCUGUGAUUUUGGAGCACGCCUUGACUACGACACAUUUGCUAUCAUAUCUGGUCCUACAAUUGCUGCUAUUUCUGUAGUUUUUGAUCACGUUGAGCGGGAAGAUGUGUUAGAAACAUGCAUUGAAGGAUUCUUGUCCAUUGCAAAAAUUUCGGCUUAUCACCACCUUGACCAGGUUUUAGAUGAUGUGGUUGUAUCUCUUUGUAAGUUCACAACCCUCUUACAUCCUUUAUCUGUCGAAGAAUUUGUUCCUGCUUUUGGCGAUGACACUAAAGCUAGAAUGGCGACAGUAGCAGUUUUCAACAUAGCAAAUAGGUACGGUGACCUUAUCCGAUCUGGUUGGAAAAACAUCGUGGAUUGUGUUUUAAGCUUGCACAGGCUGGGGUUUCUCCCCCGUGUUGCCAGCGAUGGAGUCGAUGAUCCAAAACCCUCUUCUGACUCGGAUCGAGGGGGGCCCGCUACGAGUUCCACACCACCAUCUCGUAUCCCAGCAACAGUGCCUUCUAGGAAGUCAUCGGGUCUGAUCGGACGGUUCAGCCAACUCUUGUAUCUUGAUACUGAGGACCCCAUGCCACAACCGUCUGAAGAACAACUUGCAGCUCAUCAGAACAUUCUCCAGAUAAUUCAAAGUUGCCACAUCGACAGCAUAUUUACUGAAAGUAAGUUUUUGCAAGCUGAUUCCCUAGUACAUCUUUCUAGGGCAAUCGUCUUGGCUGCUGGGCGAGAUCGUAAACGGACUAACUCCGCCGAAGAGGAAGAAAUUGCCGUCUUUUGUCUGGAGUUGCUUAUUGGAAUCACACUGAAUAACAGGGAUAGGUUUACGCUUCUUUGGCAAGGUGUUUAUGACCAUAUAGCUAAUGUUGUCCACUCAACCCUAGUGCCUUGUUCUCUGGCAGAAAAAGCUGUGUUUGGACUCCUCCGAAUAUGUCAGCGGCUUCUUCCUUAUAAGGAAACUCUAACCGAUGAGCUUCUCAAGUCUUUGCAACUGAUUUUGAAACUAGACGCUCGCGUCGCUGAUGCGUAUUGUGAACACAUCACUCAGGAAGUCAUGCACCUCGUGAAAGGAAACGCGAUGCAGAUAAGAUCACACGUAGGGUGGCGCACGAUUACUUCCUUGCUCUCUAUCACCGCCCGACAUCCCGAAGCAUCUGAAUUAGGGUUUGAGACACUUUCGUUUGUUAUGGCUGAUGGUGCCUACCUUUUGCCGGCUAAUUAUGUUCUUUGUGUGAACGCGGCUCGGCAGUUUGCUGAAUCUCGAGUUGGGCAUGUCGAAAGGUCUGUCAAAUCCUUGGAUUUGAUGGCGGGGUCCGUUGUCUGUCUAGUAAAAUGGUCUUUUAAGACCAAGGAAGCUUCUAUGGAGGAGGCUAAGAAAUUGUCCGAGGAUUUAGGGGAGAUGUGGAUGAGGUUGGUACUCGGACUCAGGAAGGUGUGUUUGGAUCCAAGAGAGGAGGUGAGAAACCAUGCGAUUUUGUCCUUGCAGCGGUGCUUAACCGGAGUGAAUGAGGUCGUCCUUCCAAGCGAGUCGUGGGUGCAGUGUUUAGAUUUGGUGAUAUUAAAAUUACUUGACGACUUAUUAGAAAUUGCACUGGAGAAUUCUCCAAAAGACUAUGGAAACAUAGAGAGGUCCCUCGCUCUGUCUAUGAAACUCCUGUCCAAAGCAUUUUUACAAUUCCUUCAAAAUCUCUCAAAAUCUGAAUCUUUCUGCAAAUUGUGGGUGGGGGUUCUUAAUUGCAUGGAGAGAUACAUGAAACUGAAAUUCAGAGGGAAACGGAGCGAGAAGAUCCAUGAACUAGUCCCUGAGCUUUUGAAGAACACUUUGCUUGUAAUGAAGACGAAGGGGAUUCUUGCACCGGGUGACGACAUCAGUGGGGACAGUUUUUGGCAACUGACUUGGUUACAUGUGAAGAAUAUAGCUCCAUCUUUGCAAGGAGAAGUGUUUCCGGGAAAAGAAUUGGAGCAGUUGGCGAAAAAGCAUUUUAAAGCAGCGGAUAGUCCAAUAUCUGAGGGGAACCAACUUGUUCCAUCAGGUGAAACCAAAGCUUGAAAGUAGUUCUCAUAAACAUUUAUACGGCCUUAGUGUUCUAUAACUUGUCAAAAAUCUAGACCUAUUAGUAGUUGGGGAACCAAGAUAUUAUCGCCGAGAUGUGGGAACUCAUCAAAUCUGAGAGUUGUGGAACCUACGAGUACGAGCAGCAAGUAUGGGGACGAAGAUGCGUCGGUGGUGGUUGACACUUUGACAGUGUAGUCUUCAAUUCUUUGUCAUAAUGUUUCUUCAGCUUAUGUGCUUUACUUCAACUUCAAUCUCCAUUAAUCUGAGAGGAGUGAUUCUUCUUUGGAAAGUGUUUUUGCAUUUGGUGGCCCUUGCUCUGUUGUUUUCGGUUAAGGUCCCCAGUUUUGUAUUGCAUAAAAGACUACUUAUACUGAACCGAGAUAGUUACUAUUAUACCAUCUUUCUUUCGGUACAUUCUGUAUUACUAUAUCUCAGUAAUAUGAUACAGUUCAUCCA